CAAGUGAUUGGUGAUCCUGAAUUAAAAAUCUUAAAUGUAAAUGCACGAUAUCCAGGUGCCCGACAUGACGCGUAUAUAUGGUCCAAUUCUCCAAUACGUCGAAUAAUGGAACGACGAUACAACAAUGGAGAGCGCAAUACUUGGCUGAUAGGUGAUGAUGGUUAUGGCCUUGAACCAUGGUUAUUCACACCUUUAAAACAUGAAAUACCAGGUUCUCCAAGAUAUCAAUACAAUGAAGAUUUGUGUAGUGCAAGGUCGUGUAUAGAACGUUUGUUUGGUGUGUGGAAAGCAGUAUUCAGAUGUCUUUCAGCACAAAGGCGAUUAAUGUACAAUCCUGAUAUGGCUGGUAAAAUAGUCAAUGCAUGUGCUGUACUGCACAACAUAAGAAUUGCACAUCGUCUGCAAGAUAUAGAAGUUGACGAAGAAGAAAUUUUACGUCACGUUAACAGAAACUAUAGAGUUGAAGGAAGACAGGAUGAAGCUCUCCCAGGGCGAGCAAUUGCAAUGCGUGUACAAGAAAGUUUUAUUGCACGUCAGUAUGGUAGAAUGUAAAAUAUGUUAUAUAUAAUAUAUUGUCAUCGAGAUAUGUUACAUAUAUCCUGUUACAUGUUUAACAAUGUAACGUUUUUACAUCACUUAUUCAAUCUAACGAAAUUGCAGAGAUCUCACUAAUUUGUUCCACUAUUGUAAUUCUUAUCUUUAUAAUAAACUUUGUACGACAAACUAAAUAAACUUA